AUUAUUUUUUAUCAUCUAAACAAAAGAUUUAUCUAAUUGAGAAGAAACAUAAAGCAAUGAGCUGCGACAGAGGUGGCGGCGGCGGCGGCGGCGGAGGGCCUUGUGGUGCGUGCAAGUUUCUUCGACGUAAGUGCGUGAAAGGGUGCGUGUUUGCACCGUAUUUCGACUCUGAUCAGGGCACCGCCCACUUCGCCGCCGUGCACAGGGUGUUCGGAGCCAGCAACGCCUCCAAAUUGCUGCUGAGAAUUCCGCCGCACUGCCGCCUCGACGCCGUCGUCACGCUUUGUUACGAGGCGCUGGCUAGGGUUAGGGAUCCCGUUUAUGGCUGCGCCGCCCACAUAUUCACUCUUCAACAGCAGGUUGUGAAUCUCCAAGCCGAAUUGGCAUACACUCAAGCUCGCAUCUCCACUCUGCAGUGCGGUCCGUCGCUGCCGAUUCUUUCCUCCGUCGCCGACGCCUCCCCGUCGUCGGUGGAUAUGGUGAGCUUUUGCAGCUCAGUUGAUCAAGAAGUUGAAGAUGAUGGCGACCUUCAAUCACUAGCUCGAGAAUAUGUUUCUAGAUACUUCCCUGGAGUUAGAUUCAUGCCUCCAACUCCACACUAAAUGCAUAUGAGAGAAAACUUUUUAUUUUUUUUUCCGUCUAGAAUUUGUAAUAUCUACAUUAUCUAGCCAUCUCUUAUUUUCUUGCAGCUUAACAUGACUCUUCUUGAGUAGUUGCAAGAAAAAAACAUAUCAGUAUAAAUUAUGGGAAAUGAUUUAGA